AUGGCAGAUAGCGAGCGGCCAAGAUCGCGCUCGCCCCGGCGCGAUCGCGACCGAGACAGAGACAGGCCCAAAAAGCAAGGAGGCUUCCGAUGGAAGGACAAGAGCCGCAGAGACGACCGCGAUGAUCGCGACGACAGACGAGGCCUGGAGCGCGGCUACCGCAAUCGAUCCCGCUCUCCCCGCCGCGACCGAGACAGAGAUCGCGACAGAUACAACGACCGCGAUCGUGAUCGCAACGACAGCUACCGCCCGCGCGACCGCGACCGUGACCGCGAUCGCGACUCAGGCCCAAGAGAAAGCAAAGCCGGCUCCUCGAGCUCAAAGGAUACGACGAAGCCACCCAAGAGAGAGAAGCCCGCGCCCGCACCUGCUGCUGCCGGCGGCGAAGAGAUGAUUAUCGUACACGUCAACGACCGACUCGGCACGAAGGCUGCGAUUCCUUGCCUAGCCUCGGAUCCCGUCAAGAUGUUCAAGAUCCUGGUGGCGCAGAGAGUCGGUCGGGAGCCCCACGAGAUCCUGCUGAAGCGCCAGGGAGAGCGGCCAUUCAAGGACCACCUUACGCUGGAGGACUACGGUGUCAGCAACGGUGUGCAGAUCGACUUGGAGGUUGACACUGGUGAUUAA